AUUAAAACAGCACCCAGAUCAGACCCAAGAACCAUUUUUACAUGUUGUCGAGUUUGUAGUUGUUCUUUUGUGCAUGAACUGAACUGAGAGCUCUGAUACAAGAUUAAAUACGGCAUUAAAAUGGGUACAUGUAAAAUGUCAAUUUUUCUAAUGAUUUGGAUGCUGUUUACUUUGGAUUUGUCAGAGUCUUCAGAUGACAAAUGCCAAGAAGAGAUAGAUCGCCUUCGUGCCCAGUUGAAGAGUCUGGAAGUGCGUGAUACAAAGCAACAACAGCUUAUCCAACGACUGCUGAAUCUCAAUGAACUCUCUAUAAGCGAGGGCAAAUUUUAUGACCUGGGAGAUAAACAAUACAAGGACUGUGCUCAUAUUUUCAAAAAUGGCCACAAACAGAGUGGAUUUUACACAAUUAAACCUUUGACAAAUCCAACCACGAUCCGAGUGUACUGUGAUAUGACUGAGGGGGGUGGAUGGGCAGUCUUUCAAAGGCGUUCAGAUGGUAACCAGUCAUUUGACAGAGACUGGAAUGAUUACAAAAAUGGAUUUGGUGACAUGCAAUCUGCUAAUGGAGAGUUCUGGUUAGGAAAUGAUAAUCUGCAUUAUUUGACAUCCCAAGAUGAUUACAUCUUGAGAAUCAAUCUAGAAGACUUUGACGGCAGCCAUCGCUAUGCAGUGUAUAAAAAGUUCAAAGUGGACAAUGAACAGAACCAUUACCAGCUCCAGUUUGGUGAAUACACAGGAAAUGCAGGUGAUGCUCUUUCUGGCAGUUACCAUCCUGAGGUUCAAUGGUGGGCCAGUCACCAAGGAAUGAAGUUCAGCACACGAGACAGGGAUAAUGAUCGCUACGAUCGCAAUUGUGCUAUGGAAGACAAAGGUGGCUGGUGGUUUAACAGAUGUCACUCUGCAAAUCUGAAUGGCUUCUACCACAGAGGUCCGUACAGUGCAGUCACUGAUGAUGGGAUAGUGUGGUACCCAUGGCACGGCUGGUGGUACUCCCUCAAAUCUGUCCAAAUGAAGAUCAGACCAGCAAGCUUUGAGCCUAACGAUGUUUAAGACUUAUUGCUUAGUCCUUGUAUUGAUAUCUAAACUCAAGCUUAUAAGAAAACUACUCGUAAGUUUACUUUCAAAAGCUCCUCACUAGCAUGUAACACAAUAAAGUUUAUAACAUUAUAUUGUUAAAUAAAGUUUUGUUUCUGCGCCCUUUG